ACAAUAAGCAACGAUCUUACCCUGCGGGAAAUAAUUCUACAAAAUUCUACAAAAAAAUAUAUUAAAAUUAAAAAUUGGUGUUAAUUAGAACAGUAAAAGAUUAGUACGGGCAAUGUGAGCCGUCACCUGAACGAAGGCAAUAAAUUAUGUAUCGAGCGAGCCACGAUGCACGGAUAUCCGCCGCGGCUCGGCGGCGUGAAAGCGAGACACCACUGACAUUCAGUUGCCCAGAGUUCUCGUGCUGCUCGUGCACGAGAGGCAGUCGUCUGCGAGCUUUCGGCUAUGACGGUCACGUUGCUACCCCAGCAGCCGACAGCACGAACGGGACACCUCUAUUCGGCCGGUGCGCUGCCCGCUCCGGUUUUAAAGCGUAGCCAGGCACGUGAAGGGCGGCCGGGACGAUUCGAACGAGUCGAGCGAUCGAACUCCACUGGCGCGAGGCUUAAAAACGCCGGAGGUUGCGGCCGAACUAUUUUCCAGAUACCGUUAGAACGCUCGUCCGUUGUGCAAUUUCUAGCGAAAUCGUUGUGAUUGAACUAAUAAGUUAUGCGAGAGCGAGUCACCGCGUGAACAGCGAACAACGAACAACGUUACAUUUUUAUCAGUGAAUCAGAAGAGGAUCGAAAGAGAGUGCAGUGAACGCGAACGCAGUGUGCGCGCUGAAACGCGACCGAAUGGUACCCGAGAUACUGUGACGUUUCUUCUUCAUUUUUUUUUCGUCGUAUGUACGCGAGCGAGCUUGCGUCUCGAAUUAUCAUUGUUGUCCGUAUUCGCCAUGACCAACCCGACGCACUGUUCGCCGUCGCGAUCGUCUCUGAAUUGCUGCCAGUUCGACCGUAACAGCCAGGACGACAUGCGAAGCUCGGCUAUCAUAGGCAACAACAAUUAUUUCCUGCAACAGAAGAUCCGCUCCUUCCCGCAGAGGCCUCAUAUCGACCUGUCGUUCCAUGACAUACGCUAUCACGUCAAAGAAUGGAGCAUACGCAACUUCUCUAUCAAUCAGAAAGAAAUUCUGCACGGUGUCAGUGGCGAAUUCAAGUCCGGCGAAUUGGUGGCUAUAAUGGGGCCGUCCGGAGCCGGGAAAUCGACACUGCUCAACGCUCUCGCCGGUUUCACGGUGAAGGGCGUGAGCGGAGAAGUUCGGGUCAACGGUAAGAUCCGAGUACCGCAGAGCGAACGAUGGAAAAGGACCUCGUGUUACAUACAGCAGGACUCAAUUCUCAGAAUGUACCUCACCGUGGGAGAGGCAAUGACCUUGGCCGCUCAUUUGAAGCUCGGUUAUACAAUCAGCUCCGCUUACAAGCAUGCUCAGGUAUUGGAGCUGUUGGAGAUGCUAGGGCUGACCCACUGCUAUGACACGUUGUGCGGAAAGUUGUCGGGGGGGCAGAGGAAGCGACUCGACAUCGCCUUGGAACUCCUAACUAAUCCAUCAGUAUUAUUUCUCGAUGAACCAACGACUGGCCUGGAUUCCUCCUCGUGCAGUCAGUGCGUCGCGCUACUGAAACGAUUGGCGGAAUUAGAAAGGCGUACGGUAAUCUGUACGAUUCAUCAGCCGAGCGCCCUGCUCUUGGAGAUGUUUGACUCCCUAUACGUGGUGGCUGACGGUUACUGCAUAUACAGAGGGCCGAUUAGCUCGUUGUUACCGCACCUGGCCUCCAUCGGCGCCCAUUGUCCGCCUUAUCACAAUCCGGCGGAUUUCGUUCUCGAGGUGGCGGUUGGUGAGUACGAGAUUGCGCUUGACAAGCUAGUGGCAGCGGUGGAAACGAUGCCGAAUGAUCAGAAAACAACUGUCGGUCUUACCACGGGAUUGCAUGACGAAACGGACAGAAUCAAUGAACCGCCACCACCCGCCGGUUUCUUGACGCAGUGCUAUCUUCUUUACAAGAGGCAGCUACUAAGCAUGAAAAGAGACUACUCGUUAUUGAUGGCGCGAUUGCUCUGUCACUUACUAAUCGGCAUAAUCUUUGGGUACUUGUACAUGGGAAGCGGCUAUCGAGCCAAUGUCUUAGCGAAUUACGUCUACCUGUACGGAUCGUUAUUGCUCCUCGUGUAUACCGGAAAGAUGGCCGUUACUCUUGCCUUCCCAUUGGAGAUGCGGAUUCUCAUGAGGGAGCAUUUCAAUCGCUGGUACCGGCUGGCGCCGUAUUAUAUCAGCAUAUUGUUGAUAGAGAUACCAUUGCAAGCGGCGUGUGCGGCAUUGUAUCUGGUAAUAAGCUACUGGUUGACCGGACAGCCCAUAGAAACGAACCGUAUAAUAUUCUUCCUGGUACUCAGCAUAGCUGCCAGUCUGACGGCGCAAGCCUGGGGUUUCUUCAUCGGCGUUACUACGCCGAUCAAGCUCGCAGUCUUCAUCGGUCCGAUACUCGCGGUGCUGUUCUCCAUCUUCGGCUUCUGCCUAAAAUACGUAGACACGCCGCAUGCGUUCCGUUGGAUGUUCUAUGUAUCAUACUUCCGAGCGGGUUUCCACAGUCUGGUGUACACCAUGUAUGGAUCCAACAGAAUGGACUUGCUAUGCGAUGAGUUUUAUUGUCACUACAAGAAGCCCAGCACGUUUCUCAUCGAAUUAGACAUCACCAAUAUAAACGUGGUCAACAAUCUGAUACUCAUCCUCGGUAUCGGAGUGCUGAUGCAUCUUCUAACGGCCAGCGCGCUUUGGUGCAAGCUCAACAGAAGAUGAACCAAACACGAUUUUGUCAAAUAGAGUUUUUGUAGUGCACACGUUCCCUUUGAGAAACGACAUAAGAAUUCUAAUAUGCAUUUCCCAUGAGAAAUGUGAAGAUACAAAGAAAUUCCACGGGAGCGAUUCCAUCGGAAAUUCUAAGGUCAAAAGAGCAUAAUUAGCAAAGUUAUUAUUUCUUUAGUCCUUGGUCUCACUAGAUACGAGAUGUUCCAUGACAUUUCGGGGAUGUUCUUUUCUAUUCGAAGAUUGUGAGAAGAUUGAGAGAAGACUAGCUGCCAUUAUUGAAUUUUCCAUACCUUUUAAACCAGCAAGGGUUUCUUAAAGUACUGUAUUUAGCGAAAUAAAGUACUAGUCGGAGUUAUUUUGUAUUAAUCAUGACAAGACGCUAUAAUCGUGAACAACUUUGUUCGCAAAAGGCGGUGAUAUUCAAAGAUUUAAUGACAAGAUUUCUAUAAAGUAUCUAUUUGUAUAUAAGCCUGAGUGAUAACUAAAGAACAGAGAGAGAGAGAGAUAUAUAUAUAUAUAUAUACACACACACAUACAUACACACUGUGUAUGUAUAUGCAUAUACAUGAUACAGCGUGCAUUUGAGCACCGCUAAUAUAGCUUGUAAUUAUAUUUAAAGCUCUAAAAAUGCACUAAACAAUACAAUAUUGUAGUUUACACUUUAGUAUUUUAUUUAAAUCGUUCUUAAUAUUAUCUAUGGAUAUGUGGUUUUGUUAACUAAAUAUUUGGCACUCUCUAUUUGCACAUAAUAUCUUACCAUAAGAAACACAAUCUUCUUUCUGAAAUAAUAAUGUAAGGAAAGUAUUUUAUUGAAAAAUAAGAGAAUAAAAAUUAAUGAUCGUCGAA